CACACACACACACACAGCAGGCCUAGACAGGAGGAGGACAGAGUGUAUGUACACAGAACAUCAGAGGGUCAAACGCAAGGUUGCAACACUACCUGCCAACGCUGUUCGCUCUCCCCUUGCUGCACAACCCUGGGCCAAAUGUCACCAUUGACGAACAGCUGAUGCCUUUAAGGGGCCGCUGCUCCUUUCGGCAGUAAAUACCAUCCAAACCUGCCAAGUAUGGUACAAAGAUCUGGGCUGCCUGUGAUGUCACUUCCUCAUAUGCUUGGAACUUGAGGGAGGAGCCCCCAAGAAAAAACAAGGAAUGAGAGUAGUCCUCGACAUGUCUCAGUGACUCCGUGGACACAACAACACAUGCAACUAUUUUUUUUACUUUGCACAAACUGGGACAGGAGCUCCUGAAGAGGAAGCUGACCAUGGUGGGAACAAUAAGGAAAAACAGGUCAGAGCUCCCACCUCAACUGCUGACUUCAAAGAACAGGCGUGUCAAGUCUUCCAAGUUUGUAUACACGGCUGACACAUCCCGGGUAUCCUUUGUGUCGAAGAAAGGCAAGAAUGUGGUGCUCAUGUGUACACUGCACGGGGAAGGAAGAAUCUGUGACCAGGAACAUCACAAACCAGAGAUCAUCAUGGAUUAUAACGCCACAAAAGGAGGGGUAGACAACAUGGACAAGCUGGUGACGGCCUACAGCUGCAAACGGAGGACUUUACGCUGGCCACUGGUGAUAUUCUUUGACAUGUUGGACAUAUCAGCGUACAACUCCUUUGUCAUUUGGAUGGCACUGAACCCAGAGUGGAAACGAGUGAAGCUCCAGAAAAGACGGCCCUUUCUUGAGGAUCUGGGAAUGGCAUUGGUGAGACCACAAAUGGAGAGAAGAAAUCCUAUCCCCAGAACCCCAGCCUCUGCAGCCAUGGUGAGGAGGAUUCAGGAGGAGAAUGCUGGUGGCCUGUCUGCAGAGCCUGAACAACAAGAAGAAGUGUGCGGACCCAAGAUGGAGAGGAAAACAACACGUAUAUCUGCAACACACACACACACAGUAAAGCUCUGCCCCUCAAGUGUUGUAUAGGCUAGUGGCUACAGGCCAUGUGUUCAAUGUGUUGUCUUCACUGCUAUGUUUACUCUGUGUUCAUGUUGUUCAGCUUGUGUUGUGCACCUCAAUGGCUUACAUUUCAAGUUCAAC